GCAAAAUGUACAGAGCUUGGCUUGCGCUGGACAUUUGACGAUCCGUCUUGAAGCUGCUAGCAUACACCACAUCAUUUGACCCCUUUGCUUAUGGUGGCUAAUAACAAGGCGCACAUGUCAAGAGCCUAUAAAUGAACUAAAGCAGAUUCGUCACUCACGAGCUGAACAUCAGCCAGAUGAUUACCUAGCCGUACACCAUUGGGGGGACGUGUUCCAGCUUUUGAAUGGGAAACGAGCGAGUCCUCGACAACCAGAGAAUUCCCCAUGGCAUUUGUUCCUUCGGCAUCAGCCUUCUCUCUACCACUUCCUUUCUGGCAACAAGAUCCAAGUGUUCGGGUUGCGAAGUAUGAAUCUAGGAAGCGCAAGAACCAGUAUCACACAGGAGAAGAAGAAAGCGACAAUAACGGCGAGGAUGGCGAAACCACCGAUGCUGUGUCGGAGUUCGGACCCACAGACACAUCUGUGAUCUUAUCUCCUGAGGAGGUCGGCCAGUACCGCGUUGCAGGUCUCCCUAUUGACGAGGAAUUACCCGGUGGCCAUUUCCCACACGGCCCGGCCAAAGAAGAGAACCAAAAACUAAACAGUCGUCGCUCAAUUGAGAAGCAGUUGUCGAACCUCUCACCCCCUUUAUAUGCGCCUCAGUCUUCAGCACAUCAAGGGAAUCUCCGGCUUCACCACCUUUCGGUGCUUACUUCUGUGCUUCAUCGGUGUCUUCUCGAUGGCGAUUAUAUCCGCGCGGGUAAGGCAUGGGGCCUGUUAAUUCGAGAACAAUUUAGAGGCCAACCAAUUGAUGUGCGUGCCGAGGAUCGAUGGGGUAUUGGCGCAGAAAUAUUACUGCGGAAAGACCAACAGAUAUCUAGCAGGAUAUCUGAAGGCGCAUUAGCCGACAGCGAUGGAAAUAACGAGGCUGGUACUAUCUCAAGGCUUCUAUUCACUAGGAAAGGGUUCGAAGAUGCCAAGGAAUACUACGAGACACUCAUAAUUCAGCAUCCAUAUCAAAAGCAUGCGCCGAACGCCAUAAAUGAAUUGCACUUUUAUCCAGCCAUGUUUGGCUUAUGGGUAUACGUUACACAAGAGGAAAGCGCGGCUGCACACAGAGAUCUCGAUGACCGAGAUCCAGCCUCGCUGAGGGAACCCUGGGAAGACGAAGACGCCAACUCUGAGAACGGCAGUCGAGACGACUGCCAGGAGAAGUAUCAAAGGCUCACAGCUGGCAUAAGAGCGAAGGAAUUGGCCGAAGCCUAUAGGAUUUCCGCGAGGAUGGACGGGCUUCUUACAUCGCCCCCGUACUCAGACAGCUCGGAAUUGCUUGAGCUGCGGAGCAUGGUGUCUCUCUGGAUCGCCGAUCUGCUCAUUUCAAGCCUUUCUUCUCGAGACAGUGUUGAUGAAGACGAAGUUAAUUAUCCCGGAAUGGGCAAUGUUGAUGACGAUACUGAUGUUUUCAUGUCCACGACGAAGCCUAAUAAUGUGGAAGCGAGACAAGAGCGACGAGCGGCCAUGGAGAAGAGAGAACUGGAAAUUGCCAAGUCGAAAGAAUACAUGGAUAAGGCCCAACAACGGAAGCGGGGAGUUGCUUCCAAAAUGCAGGACCUGCACAUCGAGAAUCGCCAGCACCAUCAUCGGGCAGAUGUGCCCACAAACCAGACCAGGAAGAAGUUAGCUGAGCAGGCUCGUGUUGAAGUUCCUCAAACAGCCCUGGUUGCGCCCAUCCCCAUUUCAACUAAUAGACAGGCGCCAAUAGAUCGAUAUGGCACACCAUUUCAGGACAAUGGGCCUGCCGAGCAACUUGCCCACAGAGAUGCCUUCGACACUGAUGUGGAAGGUAUUGAUGAAUCGACAAUUGCAGCAACAAGUGUGGUUGGAAUUGAUGAAGAGCCAUACCGAUUGUCACCCACUAUUCGUCCAAAUGUGAAUGUGCCUGUUCAGCUCCCGCCACCCCAGCCGCUGUCACGGCCGUCACCAUCGCCUCCACGUCAGCUCCGUGCAGCUCGUCGUGCAAAUGAGUCCAAAUGGUACGAGGGUCUAGGUGAUAGAGCGCUAAAGUCCGCUGGAUUUGACUUGGACGACUUGGACGCCACAAGCCAGCUUACUUCCACAGCUGGCGACGAUGAGCAGUCAAACGAUACAGAUGACCAACGUCACGUUCCUAGGUACCGCGGCGGUGAAGAGCCUUUUAAUAGAAAGCUACAGAACUUCUGGUCUGCCAGUCGGAGAACAUAUCAAUCUGAUGCCGAGGAACAUACCGAGCCAACCAAACCCCCGUCCCUCAUCCCAGUUGCAUCGGCCUCAAAGCCUCUUCCUGCUAGUGGCAGAAAAGUAACCCUUACACGAAGCAAAACAACAACCCCUAGGACUAGAUUUAGUCCGCCUAAGCCGUCUCUACUUGACCAAUUGGAUCUCACCCCCACGCGGCGGAGCCCCAACCUUACUCGGUCUCAUUCUCGAAAAGAGCGAGAAAGGGACAGUGACAGAGAAAGAGAGAAGGAAAACAAUAAAGCAGCAGACGACUUCCUUAGAGUCGCAGACGAAGGCCUAGGUCUAUUCACAGAUGACAACAAUACCCAUCCAGAUGAUAGUCUCCAGUCCCUCAAUGUCUUCGAUAUGACAAACUUCGAUGAUCUUGAAAACGACUCCUCGAUGAACGACCCAUUUUCGCGUCGCAAUUCUGUGAGACGCAUUGGGACAGAAGAGACGCCUAAAGCAAGGAAACGCAACCUCGAACCCGACUACCCACCCGAAAUUUUAUGCACCAAAUCCUUCAGUGAACUCCAAGCCGAGCCAUUUGACCAUGCCCCCACUCCUAGAGCAUCUAGGCCAGCCAAGGAAACUCAGGCACAGCAUUCUCCUGAGAAAGGAAACGAAGAAGAUAAGGUCUCAUUCCUUCUACGGCUCUCCGAGCAAGAGCGCAGAGAAUACUUCUCGAAGCUUUCAGUGAAUGAGUGGGAAGGAUGUGGCGAUUUACUAAUCGAGGAGUUCAGUAAGAUGAUGGUGAAGAUGAAGGACUUGCGUCACGCACGUCGUAAAACUGCGGCUGUGUUUGAGGCUGAGGUUAGAAGGAGACAUGAGAUGGUUGAGGAGCAGUCGACGGAGAUCACUGGAAAGUUUGAAGAGAUGAGGGCAGGUGGUGCAGAGGUCCUUCGUGGGCGUUCGCCUUGAGAGCCUUCCCAUCAAUAUUUCUUACAGUCGCCCUCUUCCUUGCAAGUUACGCCUUAUUAUGAUAGUAUUUCUUUUGCCUUUUCUGCAUGGGAUAAAGCGAAGCGAAAGGCUAAUAAUAUGUUAUGUGAGGAUGGUUGUCCUUUUUGCUGUGAAACGCCUACUUCAAUUGCCGUCAUGUUUCUUUCAGCGGAGAAAUACCUAAGCAUCUAUUAAGAGCAUCAAUAUACCCCUUUUCAGAAGUACAUUUGCGGCGGAGACGUUGCUUUACUCCAAUUUACGCCAAAAUCGCUUUAAAAUGUCAAUGCGAGACAACCUAUCCGAAUCACCGAAACCAGCGGUGGCCCAGAAUUAACAAGUACAAAUGUAUCAGGCCAAAG